CUCUGCUUCUGAUGCCAGGACUCUUUUGAAGACUUACUCUGUUGCUUGGCUUAAAGGAAGAUGAUGCCGUUAAUGAAUUCUGAGCAUCCUUCAGGAGGCUGGUGACCCUUGUAUCGUCGGUGAAUGCUGUCAUGGACAACUUCAAAGGCUCUUUUCCAAAACACCACAAGCAGUUCGUGCACCUUAUAAAGGACUCCUGACCUUUUGCAUCUUCCUAAGUCAUAUCUAGAUGUCACCAGUGUUUCCCAUGUUAACAGUUCUGAGCAUGUUUUACUAUAUGUGCCUUCGGCGCCGAGCUAGGACAGCGACGAGAGGAGAAAUGAACAGCCGGAGGGCUAUUGAAUCAAACACCCGAGCCUUACCUAUCAAUGUUGAAAUAGUUCAGUAUGCCAAAGAAGUGUUGGAUUUCAGCUCUCACUACGGUAGUGAAAACAGCAUGUCGUAUACCAUGUGGAAUUUAGCAGGUAUUCCAAACGUGUACCCUAGUUCUGGUGACUUUACUCAGACUGCUGUCUUUCGAACUUAUGGGACCUGGUGGGAUCGUUGCCCUAGCGCUCGGCUGCCGUUCAAGAGGACGCCACCCACCUUCUGUAGCCAGGACUACGUGGAACUCGCUUUUGAGGAACCAGUUUAUCCCACCGCAGUGCACAUUCUGGAAACGUAUCAUCCUGGAGCUGUAGUCAGGAUUUUGGCAUGCUCUGCAAAUCCUUACUCACAAAAUCCACCAGCUGAAGUAAGAUGGGAAAUCCUUUGGUCCGAGGCACCUGCAAAGGUGAAUGGUCCUCAGGCUCGGCAAUUCACACCUUGUAUCAAACAGGUAAACUUUCCCACAAACUUAAUCCGACUGGAAGUGAACAGCUCUCUUCUGGACUAUUACACUGAAUUGGAUGCAGUAGUACUACACGGUGUGAAAGAGAGACCUGUGCUUUCACUGAAAACUUCCAUGAUUGAUAUGAACGAUAUUGAUGAAGAUGAAGAUGAAGAAAAGUAUGGCUGUGGAAUGGACACCCUUAAUAAACAGUUCAGCAUUGUUACCCUCAGGGAAUGGCCGACUAACGGAUAUUUUGAUAAGCUGCCUUAUGAGCUCAUCCAGUUGAUUUUGAGUCACCUUACAGUACCAGACCUGUGUAGACUAGCGCAAACUUGUAAGCUACUGUAUCAACAUUGCUGUGAUCCUCUACAGUACAUUCAUCUCAGUUUACAACCUUACUGGGCAAGGAUUAAUGACACAUCUCUGGAAUACCUACAGUCUCGCUGCACUCUCAUCCAGUGGCUGAAUUUAUCUUGGACUGGAAACAGGGGAGCCAUCUCUGUUUCUGGAUUUAGCAGGUUCUUGAAAGUUUGUGGCUCUGAACUAGUACGUCUUGAGUUGUCUUGUGGCCAUUUCCUCAAUGAAACAUGCUUGGAGGUCAUUACUGAAAUGUGUCCAAAUCUUCAGGAAUUAAAUCUCUCAUCAUGUGAUAAAAUACCACCUCAGGCUUUCAACCACAUAGCCAAAGUGGGCAGCCUAAAGCGUCUCAUUCUCUACCGAACAAAAGUGGAGCAAACAGCACUGCUCAGUAUUCUGAACUUCUGCUCGGAGCUGCAGCACCUCAGCCUGGGCAGCUGUGUCAUGAUUGAAGACUAUGAUCUUAUAGCAAGCAUGAUGGGAGCAAAAUGCAAAAAGCUUCGCAGUCUGGAUUUGUGGAGAUGUAAAAACAUAACUGAAAGUGGAAUAGCAGAAUUGGCUUCAGGCUGCCAGCUUUUGGAAGAACUUGAUCUUGGCUGGUGCCCUACGUUACAGAGCAGUACAGGCUGUUUCACAAACCUUGCACGUAAACUCCCGAACUUGCAAAAGCUCUUUCUUACGGCCAACAGGUCUGUGUGUGACACAGACAUUGAGGAGCUUGCUGCUAACUGUACGCGUUUACGGCAGCUGGAUAUAUUGGGGACAAGGAUGGUAAGCCCUGCAUCUUUAAGAAAAUUGCUGGAGUCUUGUAAAGAUCUUUCUUUACUCGAUGUGUCCUUCUGUUCACAGAUUGAUAAUAGAGUUGUCCUAGAACUGAAUGCCAACUUUCCUAAUGUGUUCAUAAAAAAGAGUUUCACCCAGUGACUCACUACAUAUGCUGCUGUGGAAUUCAUUUGACAGAGUUGUUUCCUGUGAAUUUGUGCUGACUUUUUUUAAGAAGAAUAUAAAUCCCCUAUGAAAUAGUGGAAAGUAUUAAUUAUUGACACAAAUGGGUAAAAUACAUUUAAAUGUAUUAUGCAUUUCUUAAAGAGUUGAUAUUGUACCUAAGAAUUGUUUUACUCUGUGUUAAUUGGUGGCACUGCAUGUUUUUAAAUACCAGCCAUAUGUGUGGCUUUAAUGAGAAGAAAAUAAAUAACGUCUUCUUAAAUGUCCCUUUAUAGGGUGAUACACACAAUAAACUAUGUUAAUAUCCAGGUGAAAGCAGAAGUUCAAUAUUUAGCAGUAAGAAAAAGAUGGGUGCUUCCUUUUUAUGUAUGUGUGUUUGUGUAUAUAUAAAUUUAUACAGAUGUAUCUGUAUAUACAUACACACAUACUGUAGCAUUCUAGUCUGGCCUGCAACAUAAGAUGUUAUGAUCUGGCCUAUAAUUAAUUGUUUGAAAACCUGUUUAAGCUUGUAUAAGAAUGGAUUGAAAAGACUCUUUGUCUUCAUUUUUUUUGGCAGUGAAUCGUAUCUGAUACAUUUUUCUCCCUUCCUCCACCUGAAUUAGACGUAGUGAUGUUUUACAGUCCAGCCUAAGCGACACAACAGAUAAAUGCAAGAAUCUUCCACCUGAACUUAGAGCAGAAACGAAAGAGAAAAUUACCAGCUGCUUCUUGGUAUUGGAUAUAAAGUUUGAGCCAGGUACUUAGUGUCGUAACUGGUAAUGUGUAGAAAACUCCAGAGCAAUUUUCUUUUCAAAUUUCUGGCAUGGUCAAGACUUGAUUAGUGAUACAUCUGGUUAUCGUGCAAAGUACCAUAAAAAAUAGAACUUGGGACGAUGCAUUAGCUACUGUCCCUUACACUGGCAUCAAAUCUACUGUCAAGUGUAAAAACAAACAUUUUGUUCAGUAAAACAGCAAUGAAAAUAUAGUGAGUUUGAAACAAGGGCAAUAUGAUUUGGUGAUUUAAUAAUCACCAAACCUUAGUAUUGGAUUUGUUUUGGUUUUUUAUUUUUUUCCAAGAGGUGAUCGCUCAAAGUACUAUUGCACUCUCUCUCUUUAACACUGUUUAGCCUCUGGAGAAGGAAAACUGUGUUGAUGGAUAACUUCUAGCGGUUUCUUCCUUUUGCGCUUCCUUGGAUGAAGUUUUUGUCUUUUUUUUUUUCUUGAAUGCCACUGCUAGAGUAUGUUGCUAUGUACAGCUUGAGUUUAGAAUUUUACCUUUCUAGCCGUUGUUGAUGAAUAUGGACUGUGGAAAUAUAGCUUGUCAUUUGAUAUUGGCUCCACGAUUCUUGUAUUGAUGGCACUUACUACCUACUGGAAUAAGAAGGAAAAUAUUUUGUCUGGCAGAAGUAUAUUAUUGCACCGAAGAUCACUGGCAAAGAAUACUUCAGCUUACGCAGUAAAUAACCAACUGCUACGAGAGGACUGCUACGAAUCAUUAAAGAUUUGAUGAUCUCUGUGACUCCUGAAUGAACGCUUUGAACUCUUUGUGCUGGUGCCAAUACUUUAUAAACCAUGUCAUGAAACAGCUACAGAACACUUAUCUGAUUUUAUAAAAAGAUCUUUUUCUUCAGAUUUUUAAAUUUUACAGAAUCUUUUGGGAAUUCCAGAUCCAAAGAAGGGCAUACACAGUUGGCUUUUUGAUUUUUCCUCCACACAGAUGGCACUAUGGGAUUUCCAACUAGGUUAUGCGAUUCCAUUUUUUUUUUUUUUUCCGGAAACUGGACAUUGUCAGAGAUCUUUAGAUUGAUUUACUUUCCUCCCCCCCCCGCCACUGACAGAUGUCAGCUCGGGAGUGAUUCUGUGUGAGACCUCAUUUCUUUCAAUCAGGUUUGGGUUGAUUUAUUUUUCUGGGAACUUAACUUUUAACUUUUUUUUUAUCUACAAGUAAUAUUUUUCGUUGUAAUUGAGUAUUAAACAUUAUUGUCCUAGUUAUAGGAGAACACAGGUUCAGAUAAUGGGAGUUUACAAAGACCAGUAUUUCAGAACAAAUGUUUUUGUUGUGAAAUUUCACUUCUCAGGGUGCAUCUGUGUUUAUCUCCUCUUUUUCUUAGAGAUCCUUCUUGUUUGUUUUUCACUGUAAAUAGAAUGGGAUGUGGAUGAAACAAUAGCCAUUGUGCCUUCAAACUGGUAAACUUGGUAAAUAAUGUAGUGUCACUUCUACAGCAUUAGUGAAUCAAAUAAGUGUUUUUGUAAUUAUGUAUAUGUAAAGGAUUUCAUUUUCUAUUGCUUUUUAGGUAGUAUAAAGGAGGUUUAAAUUGACGUUUUGUUCAUACUAAAGGAUUUUUUUUCUUAUGUUGUGCCUUCUGUUUGAAAUUGUUUUGGUCAGGAAUUCUCUGUUGUCACUUGAAAGAUAAAUUGAGGUCUGCUUCUUAUUUGGACUAUUUAAAACUUAGCUGUUGCUAACACAUAGUUCAAAUAGCUGAGAAAUAAUUGGGAAAGACUUCCAUCUGUAGUUGUAGACUUUAACCUUCAAUCAGUGGGUAAGAAGCUCUUUUAGCUAUGGCUUUAUACCUCCAAGAAGUCUUCCAGCAAAGAGAGGAUAGACCAGACUUGACAUUUCUAGUAUUUCCAGGGUAAAGAAAACAACAUGCUUUCAGACCUUCCUUCUACAUCACAAAGAAGCAAGAAUAGAUCACUGUCUUUUUAGUUCUAUUAUUUCAUACUUAUGUGUGUAUAUCUAUUCAUACAUAUGUAUGUAUAAAUGAUAUAUAUGCACCUG